GAUGUGGCAGAGUGCGCAUGCGUUGAGCGCGACUCGCCGCGCGGUGCAUGCCGGCCGUCCUUUCCUGCCGUGACGCUGCAGAUAGAGGCCGGCGCCGCCGCUGUGGCACCUUUUGCCUCCCCCCGUCCGGUGAGGAUGGUGGGCGUGAAGCUGAUCGCUAACGACACCGAGUUCCAGCCCGAGCUGAGCGCGGCCGGCUCCCGCCUGGCUGUGGUGAAGUUCACCAUGCGGGGGUGUGGCCCUUGUUUAAGGAUAGCUCCAGCUUUCAAUGCUCUGAGUAACAAGUACCCUCAGGCAACGUUUCUGGAAGUGGAUGUACAUCAGUGCCAGGGAACAGCUGCUACCAAUAAUAUAUCAGCAACGCCGACGUUUCUGUUCUUUCGAAACAAAGUGAGAAUUGACCAAUAUCAAGGAGCAGAUGCUGUAGGCUUAGAAGAAAAAAUUAAGCAGCACCUGGAGAAUGAUCCUGGAAAUAAUGAAGAUACAGAUAUUCCCAAAGGAUAUAUGGACUUAAUGCCAUUUAUCAACAAAGCUGGCUGUGAAUGUCUGAAUGAAAGUGAUGAGCAUGGAUUUGAUAAUUGUUUACGUAAAGAUUCUACCUACCUGGAAUCAGACUGCGAUGAGCAGCUGCUUAUUACUGUUGCUUUUAGUCAACCAGUCAAGCUUUAUUCUAUGAAACUUCAGGGACCAGAUAACGGACAAGGUCCAAAGUACAUAAAAAUCUUUAUCAACCUUCCUCGCUCUAUGGAUUUUGAAGAAGCAGAAAGAAGUGAACCAACUCAAGCCCUGGAGCUAACACCAGAUGAUAUUAAAGAAGAUGGCAUUAUCCAGCUUCGCUAUGUUAAAUUUCAGAAUGUUAACAGUGUAACUUUGUUUGUCCAGUCUAAUCAAGGCGAUGAAGAGACAACAAGAAUUACGUACUUCACAUUUAUUGGAACUCCAGUCCAAGCAACAAAUAUGAAUGACUUCAAGCGAGUAGUUGGCAAAAAAGGAGAGAGCCACUAGGAUGCGCAGGACACUGGAAGGCCUUACUGCAGCCGGCUGAGAUCUCCACUUCUCCUACAGCUCCUGGAUAACUGCUUGACCAUAGCCAGAGACUGUCGGUCCGUUCCAUUUAAUGCCAUUACCAAUAAAUCAUUGUUUUUGAGAUGGAGUUUCGGUAGCGUUUCUGUUGUAGUCCUCAUGACGUGUAUUUGUAAAUAAAAUUCGUGACUUUGGCCAAGUUUAAA